AUGACGGGCUCAUUCGAUAAACAAGCCGGGGAGAAAAAAAUAGUAACGGAGGAGGGCUCCCUCAGUGACUUGCCUUCGGACGAAGAGACCCGGCUGGGCCACCCGGGAUCGUCGCCCGAUUCCAAGACCGAGGCCGGUGAAGAUUACCCCCCAGCUGAAGUACACUAUGACGAGUUGCCUCAAGGCAGGCAGCUCGGCACUAUAUCCGCCAUCUUCCUUAUGGUAAAUCGAAUCCUGGGUACAGGUGUCUUCUCUACGACAUCCACUAUAUUGGAGCAGAGCGGAAGUGCUGGUAUGAGUAUUAUCUACUGGGUCAUCGGCGGAGUCAUUGCUGGUUGUGGGUUUGCCGUGUAUGCUGAGUUUGCUACGGCGAUGCACCGCAAUGGUGGUGAGCUUAACUAUCUACAGCACGUGUACCGCAAGCCCAAGCAUUUGGUGGCGUCUGCUUAUGCUGCACAGGCUUUGCUACUUGGUCAGGCAGCCGGUAAUGCGAAUGCCGCGGGUCAGUACUUCUUACGAGCAGGCAAGGAUCCUAACCGAGUGGGUGAAGAAACUGACGAAUGGAGCUCCAAGGGUAUCGGAAUCGCGGUCAUUUUGUCUGCCUUGUUCAUGCACGCUGCCUUGCCCAAGUAUGGCCUCAUUUUCCAAAACACCGUUGGUCUGUUCAAGGUCGUUAUUCUUUUGCUCAUUGUGUUUGCUGGCUUUGCUGCGCUUGCCGGUCGCACAAUCGGUCCAGCACCAGACAACCUGUCACACGCGUUUGUCAACUCGCGCUCGGACGUGUAUGGUGUCUGUCAAUGCAUUUACAAUGCUAUCUGGAGUUAUGUCGGAUACUCCAACUUGUUUUAUGCGCUGGGUGAGGUCAAGAACCCCGCGCGCACCAUGAAAAUUGCAGGCAUUGUGUCAUUAGUCACUCUAACCAUUCUCUACGUACUGUGCCAGGUGGCUUAUUUCGCCGCUGUGCCUAUGGACGAGAUCUUAAACAGCAAGCAGAUUAUCGCUGCUGCGUUUUUCAAGCACAUGUUUGGUGAACGCUCUGCGAAAGCGCUUUCGGUUUUUGUGGCACUUUCUGCCGUUGCAAAUGUCUUUGCUGUUCUUUUUGCGCAAGGUCGCUUGAACCAGGCUCUUGGGCGUGACAAUAUUAUUCCUUUUGCCAAAAUGUUUGCCUCGAAUCGCCCUUUCAACACGCCCCUCGCCGGUCUGUCGUGGCAUGCUAUCGUGACACUGAUUCUCAUGCUGGCUCCACCUCAGGGCGAUGCAUACCAACUUGUGCUUAGUCUUGCACAGUAUCCACUCAAUGUCGUCAACACCGCCGUGGGGCUUGGUCUUUGUCUGACCUACGUCCCUGUUUCGUCGCGUUUCCGUGUGCCCUGGCUCCGUGAAUGGAGGCCCACCUUUAGGGCGACGCUUCCUAUUGCUAUCUUUUUCACGCUCGUGUCCGCCUUUCUGGUCGUGGUGCCAUGGAUUCCUCCCCCCUCCGAAGAAGAGGCGACCUUCAAAGAUAUUUGGUAUGGCAUGGCCCCCUCUAUUGCUUUGGGCUUUUUCGGUGCCGGCGCCCUUUACUGGUUCUGCUGGUAUGUUUUGAUGCCUGCGGUCGGCAAGUACAAGCUUGUCGAGCGCCAGUCAUCCUUGAAAGACGGCACGCCGAUCACGGUAUUUGAUCGCGUGCAUCCAUCGGAAGUCGAUGACCAUGUAUCAUAUAAUAGUUCAACCUAG